AUGGCAACAGUAUCUUGUGAUCCACCUGACACAGAGUGCUCGGUGUGUCAUAAUAAUUUCGUCCAGCCGAAGAUUUUACUCUGUGGUCAUCUCCUGUGCAGGGAGUGUAUUGUCUCUAUAAUAAAGUCAGAGAACCACCCUGAUUGUCCUUUAUGCCUAGAUCCCAUCGCUAGCCCAGAGGCACUGGAAUCUCAGAGUCCAGAGAGCAUUGCCGACUCUCUGCCCACAGAUUUUGUCAUGGAUGCGUUGGUGUUGAUCGUCGCCCUGAAGACCCAGAGACCCGUCUAUUGUGGGUGUCGUCGCGAAGAGGCCGACUCCAUCUGUCUGCAGUGCUGGGAGACGUUGUGUCCAGCCUGCACCACGGCACACAACAACUCGUCGGUGACCUGUAGUCACGAAGUGAAGAGUCUAGGGACUGUAACAGUUGAAACGCUGGCUGCCAGCUGCGUUCCACUGUGUGAAUGCCAUGGCGAAAAAAUAAAGUAUUUUUGCUCAGAUCAUGAGAUUGCUGUUUGCAGCUCAUGUGUUGUGGAGACACACAAAUCGUGUCCUGAGAUGAGCGAUCUGGACACCGAAAUGAAUGCAGCUAAAGAAGCAGUGAAAGACCUGAACGAAACUCUUUCUUCGGCGGAAAACAAGAUGGAAAAAAGCAUAAAUGAGCUAAACACUUGUCUGAUGGGAUGGAAUUCGUGUGAAAAGCUGUGCAAUCGUCUGGGGACGUUUUUAAACAAGUACACCAAAACAUUAAAGUCUGCUAGCUCGAAAAAGGUCUUAGAGUCAGGUGCGCGAAGCUAG